UUCAUCGCCAUCUCAUUUUGGCAUUGUUCCUUUCAUUGUCAUUCCUGAAAUUCUCAUUUCGCUCGUUAUUCUCUCACUGGGCUGGUCCCACUACAAAUCGAGUUUCUAAUAUCCUCUCGCGUACUCAACCUACUAUUCUCAUCACCACCGACCUACCUACACCAACCGAUCAUUUCAUACACCACCAACCAAACCAUCAACAUGUCCUCCCCACCACCCACCAACCCCCUCAAACGCCCCUCCAUCAACACCUCCCAAUCGCACAUCAGCGCCAAACGCGCCCGCAUGCACCCCCUCCGCCAAACCUCCUUCCCCACAACCGCCGACGAAGCCCGCGGCCUCGGCAGCGCCGCCAGCGACGCCGGCAGCGUCACCGGCAGCCACACCGGCAGUCUGGGCGGCACGUCCGCAGACGGUAUCUUCGCCGCUGCGGGGAGAGCCAAGAAGCGCGGGCGGAAGAGCAAGGCGGAGAAGGAGCGCGAGCGGGAGGACGCGUUGAGUGCGAGAGGGGGUGGGACGGACACUCGGGUGGGCUCGGUUGAUGCGGAUGGGUCGUCUGUUAAGGGCGGUGCUGGUGGUGGUGGUGGUGCUGGGGGAGGGGGAGGGGGGGAGGAUGUGGAUGAUGAGGAGGAUUUUGAUGAUGAGGGGGAGUUGUUGGGGAGGGAGGAGGGGGCGACUGAUACCGAGGCGGAGAAGAAGAAUUUGGCCCUACUGGUGGACGCGUUCAAUCCCCUCCAAUCCGAGCGAUACGAUCUCUUCAAGCGAGCCAAACUACGGAAAGAAACGCUACGGCGAAUCGUCAACCACGCACUGUCGCAGUCGGUCCCAGCCAGCGUGGUGACCACCAUCAACGGCUUCACCAAGGUGUUUGCAGGCGAGAUGAUCGAAAAGGCGCGCACGGUACAAGCGGAAUGGGCCGACGCGCACGAUCAAUCCGCGCGGGCCGAGUUCGAGGCCACGCACGCGUCGCAACCGGAGCAGGACUGGCCGGAAUUCCGACCGCCACCGAAUCCACACCGCGGCCAGCUCCUCCCUGCACACCUGCGCGAGGCGCAGCGACGCUAUAAACGAGACGGCGAGGGCGGCGGGGUGGGCUUCACGGGGCUGAGUAUGGGCAAUAUGGGAGUGCGCGGGUCGGUGACAUGGAGUUCGGGUAGCGUUGGGGGCCGACGUCUCUUUCGGUAGAGUUGAUCAAUACGCAGCCGUUUUUCUCGGAAUGAUUAUCAAUACGGAACCGUUUCUCUCGAAUGAUUAUCAAUCACAUCACAUCUUGAAUAUGGCUGCAGGAGCUUUAGGGGAAUCAGUCUGCAGAAGCGAGGCUAAGCUCAGGCUGCCGUGGCUGAUGCUGAUAGCACUGGAUCCACGCUCUUCGAGACGCACCGAAGCUUACGGGCUAUCCUAGACUGGGGAAACAUCACGACGAUCAGGCCAGCCAGACCCAAGACACGUCCACAGGUCCAAUUACGAUCCGGGCCCAGCACGACAUAAAUUAUCAGGCUCCCUCGCCAUACGAAUGAAUCAAAUCCAAACCGACCCCAACGGCGGCCGAACGCUAGUGCUGAUAAUCCGCUUCCAGCGCCCCAAUCAGACCGGGCCGAUCCCAAUGCUAAGAUUUGUUAUAGC